ACAUCAAGAGCAAUUUAGUAGUGUCUUUCUUAUGUACUUCAUGUUUGAACUCUCAAUGGAGAGUUUGUCAUCUAAAUAUUUGAUGUGGGUUUUUAUACUACUCUUGGUUCAAAUAUGUGGAUGCAAAGGUUGCAUUGAAGAAGAGAAGAUGGGUUUGCUUGAAUUUAAGGCUUUUCUGAAAUUGAAUGAUGGGCAUGCAGAUUUUCUUCUCCCUUCAUGGAUAGAUAACAACAUUAGUGACUGUUGUAACUGGGAGCGAGUUAUAUGCAAUCCCACCACAGGUCGAGUUAAGAAGCUUUCCCUCAAUGAUAUAAGGCAACAACAAAAUAUGUUGGAAGUCAAUUGGUACUAUUAUGAAAAUGUCAAAUUCUGGUUACUAAAUGUCUCCCUAUUCCUUCCUUUUGAAGAACUUCACCAUCUAAAUUUGUCUGCAAACUCAUUUGAUGGGUUUAUUGAGAAUGAAGGAUUUAAAGGGUUAUCAAGUUUAAAGAAAUUGGAGAUCUUGGACAUAAGUGGUAAUGAGUUUGACAAAAGUGCCUUAAAAUCUUUGGGCGCAAUAACAUCACUCAAGACAUUAGCUAUUCGCAGCAUGGGACUGGAUGGAUCUUUUCCUAUUCAAGAGUUAGCUAGUUCGAGAAAUUUGGAAGUGUUGGAUCUAAGCUAUAAUGAUUUAGAAAGCUUUCAACUAGUGCAAGAUUUUGCAAGCUUAAGCAAUUUGGAGAUACUAGAUUUGAGUUAUAAUUCCUUAACUGGGAUUAUUCCAUCAUCUAUAAGAUUGAUGUCUCAUCUCAAGUCUUUAUCCUUGGCUGCAAAUCACCUCAAUGGUUCUUUACAAAAUCAAGAUUUUGCAAGCUUAAGCAAUUUGGAGAUACUAGAUUUGAGUUAUAAUUCCUUAACUGGGAUUCUUCCAUCAUCUAUAAGAUUGAUGUCUCAUCUCAAGUCUUUAUCCUUGGCUGCAAAUCACCUCAAUGGUUCUUUACAAAAUCAAGCUUUUGCAAGCUUAAGCAAUUUGGAGAUACUAGAUUUGAGUUAUAAUUCCUUGAGUGGGCUUAUUCCAUCAUCUAUAAGAUUGAUGUCUCAUCUCAAGUCUUUAUCCUUGGCUGCAAAUCACCUCAAUGGUUCUUUACAAAAUCAAGAUUUUGCAAGCUUAAGCAAUUUGGAGAUACUAGAUUUGAGUUAUAAUUCCUUAACUGGGAUUAUUCCAUCAUCUAUAAGAUUGAUGUCUCAUCUCAAGUCUUUAUCCUUGGCUGCAAAUCACCUCAAUGGUUCUUUACAAAAUCAAGAUUUUGCAAGCUUAAGCAAUUUGGAGAUACUAGAUUUGAGUUAUAAUUCCUUAACUGGGAUUAUUCCAUCAUCUAUAAGAUUGAUGUCUCAUCUCAAAUCUUUAUCCUUGGCUGCAAAUCACCUCAAUGGUUAUUUACAAAAUCAAGCUUUUGCAAGCUUAAGCAAUUUGGAGAUACUAGAUUUGAGUUAUAAUUCCUUGAGUGGGAUUAUUCCAUCAUCUAUAAGAUUGAUGUCUCAUCUCAAAUCUUUAUCCUUGGCUGGAAAUCACCUCAAUGGUUCUUUACAAAAUCAAGAUUUUGCAAGCUUAAGCAAUUUGGAGAUAUUGGACUUGAGUUAUAAUUCAUUUAGUGGGAUCCUUCCAUCGUCUAUAAGAUUGAUGUCUUCUCUCAAGUCUUUAUCUCUAGCUGGAAAUCAACUCAAUGGUUCCUUACCAAAUCAAGGCUUUUGCCAACUGAACAAGCUUCAAGAGUUGGAUCUUAAUUCCAACUUCUUCCAAGGGAUCCUUCCUCCAUGUUUGAAUAAUUUAACAUCUCUGAGGUUAUUGGAUCUUUCUCACAACCUAUUCUCUGGAAAUGUUUCUUCUUCUCUCUUGCCUAGUCUCACAUCCCUGGAGUACAUCGAUCUCAGUUAUAAUCUUUUUGAGGGUCCAUUCUCUUUCAACUCUUUUGCUAAUCACUCCAACCUUCAAGUGGUCAUACAUGGAAGUGAUAACAACAAAUUUGAGAUAGAAACUGAAUAUCCAGUUGGUUGGGUUCCCCUGUUUCAGUUGAAAGUGCUUGUGCUAUCCAACUAUAAGCUCAUCGGUGACUUUCCUGGUUUUCUUCGAUACCAAUUCAGAUUAACCGUGGUUGAUCUCUCCCAUAAUAACUUGACUGGAAGUUUCCCCAAUUGGCUACUUGAAAACAAUACGAGACUAGAAUAUCUAGUCCUGAGGAAUAACUCUUUAAUGGGUCAACUACUUCCCCUCAGACCUAAUAGUCGUAUCACUUCAUUGGAUAUCUCAGACAACCGACUUGUUGGGGAACUUCAACAAAAUGUGGCCAAUAUGAUUCCAAAUAUUGAGCAUCUAAAUUUGUCCAACAACGGUUUUGAAGGUAUUCUCCCAUCCUCAAUAGCCGAAAUGAGUUCCUUAUGGUCGUUGGAUUUGUCUGCUAAUAGUUUCUCAGGGGAAGUACCAAAGCAAUUGCUUGUGGCAAAAGAUUUGGAGUUUUUGAAAUUAUCAAAUAAUAAAUUUCAUGGUGAAAUAUUUUCAAGGGACUUUAACUUGACUUCGUUAGAGUUUUUGCAUUUGGACAAUAAUCAGUUCAAAGGAACACUAUCAAAUGUAAUCUCCAGAAGCUCUUGGUUAAGGGUGUUGGAUGUGAGCAACAACAACAUGUCAGGUGAAAUUCCAAGCUGGAUAGGUAACAUGACCGAUUUGACUACACUGGUGUUGGGCAACAAUAGUUUUAAAGGCAAAUUACCACCUGAGAUUUCUCAAUUGCAGCGGUUGGAGUUUCUUGACGUUUCUCAAAACACUCUUUCAGGAUCUCUUCCUUCUUUGAAGAGCAUAGAGUAUUUAAAGCAUCUACAUUUGCAAGGGAACAUGUUUACAGGAUUAAUACCCAGAGAUUUUCUCAAUUCCUCAAAUCUAUUGACUUUGGAUAUCAGAGACAACAGGUUAUUUGGAAGUAUCCCCAAUUCAAUCUCUAGACUUUUGGAGCUAAGGAUUUUUUUGCUAAGAGGAAACCUUUUAAGUGGUUUCAUUCCAAAUCAGCUUUGUCAUUUGACUAAAAUAAGCUUGAUGGAUCUUUCAAACAACAAUUUUUCUGGGUCAAUUCCCAAAUGCUUUGGUCAUAUCCAAUUUGGAGACUUCAAAACUGAGCACAAUGUGUAUAAACCGAUGUUUAAUCCAUAUUCAUUUUUCUCUAUAUAUACAGGUUACUUAGUAAAAUAUUUAUUUUUCUCUACUGAGGCACACCGUGAUGAAGUAGAUGAAGUUGAGUUUGUUACCAAGAACAGGUCUAACUCCUACGGAGGUGGCAUCCUUGAUUUCAUGUCUGGAUUGGACUUAUCAUGUAACAACUUGACAGGUGAAAUCCCUCGUGAACUUGGAAUGCUAAGUUCGAUUUUGGCAUUGAAUUUGUCUCAUAAUCAAUUGAAGGGCUCCGUUCCAAAGAGUUUCUCCAAACUUUCUCAAAUAGAGAGCUUAGACCUUUCUUAUAAUAAACUGAGUGGAGAAAUUCCUCCAGAGUUUAUUGGACUCAAUUUUUUAGAGGUGUUCAAUGUGGCUCACAACAACAUCUCUGGUAGAGUUCCAGAUAUGAAAGAACAAUUUGGGACAUUUGGUGAAAGCAGCUAUGAAGAUAAUCCUUUUCUUUGUGGGCCAAUGUUAAAGAGGAAAUGCAACACAAGUAUUGAGUCACCAAACUCACCAUCACAACCUUCUCAAGAAAGUGAGGCAAAAUGGUAUGAUAUCGAUCAUGUUGUUUUCUUUGCAAGUUUUGUUGCAUCAUAUAUCAUGAUAUUGCUAGGAUUUGCAGCCAUCCUUUACAUCAACCCUUAUUGGCGUCAAAGAUGGUUCAAUUUUAUUGAGGAAUGUAUAUAUUUUCGUUAUUAUUUUGCUUUUGAUACUCAUUCCAAGUUAUUAGCAUAUUUGUGUAAUUAGAUACUUUUAGUUUGGAUGAUGUUUGUAUAAUUAACCACUACUUGUUUCUGGCAUAGAACCAAAUAUGGUGAUACAAAUAAUAAUCAUCUUUGUGUUUACUAGUGAAA